AGCUCCCGCGUCUCUGGGCGGGCGGUCGUAGAGAAUCUGAGGCUCAUUUUAACCCAACUAUAAAACCGGGUCAUCUUUCCCUACUUUUUCUUGAUCUCCAAACUUUGCAUUUUCUUGCGCUCUAAUUUUCCGAGAAAAUUAUAAUCUUCGCCGAUUAGGUUUAAGCUAAUUUGGGGGACCUUUUUCGAGUCAUUUCUGAACUUCUGAGUUUCUGGACAUUGAAUUUGAAAUGGCUGAGGACGGAUACAAAGUUACUCUUAACGUGUAUGACCUUAGCCAAGGAUUAGCUCGGCAACUUUCCACCUCAUUCUUGGGGAAAGCCAUCGAGGGCAUUUGGCACACUGGAGUUGUGGUUUAUGGCAAUGAGUAUUACUUUGGUGGAGGUAUUCAACAUUCUCCUGCUGGAUCGACCCCAUAUGGAACACCCUUACGAAGGGUAGAUUUGGGUGUCACACAUGUGCCCAAAGAUGUAUUCGAAACUUAUUUGCAAGAGAUUAGUCCCCGUUACACGGCCGAAACCUACAGUUUACUAACUCACAAUUGCAACAACUUUAGCAAUGAGGUUGCUCAAUUUUUGGUAGGUAAUACUAUUCCAGAGUAUAUUCUGCAGCUUCCAAACGAAGUCAUGAGCAGCCCAAUGGGUGCACUAAUAUUGCCCAUGAUACAGAAUCUGGAAACGACAAUGAGAGCUGGUGCCGUCCCUCAAGUUCCACAAUUUAGGCCUGCUACCCAACCAGCUGUUAGCACAGCAAGAUCAUCAAGUGAUAAACCUAAACCAUCGACAGGAGGAAAAAAGUCGGAAGGGAGUAAAGAGAAGUUAAACUCUGAAGGUAAGUCGAAAACCUCGGAGAAAGUUGAGGUGAAAUCAGGAUCGCAGCAGGGUCCUGCAAGCAAUGGGGUGGUGGACGUUCUUGGAGAUGCACGAAGCAAGGUGCAAGAGGAGAUCACCGCCGAGUUUGCUGCAAUUAUGGCAACCGGUACCUUGCGUGCGAGUGAAGCUGCAGCUCUCGCAACCAAAAGAGUGAUGCAGAAACAUGGCCAUUUGAAUUCGGCGAUAUCACAAAACUAAACAUUCAUGGAAAAACAAUUCUUUUGUUGGAGUGGUUUUCAUUUAUGGGUUAGGUAAACGCUCCAAAAUUUAUUGAACAACAAAUGUUACUAUGAUUUUUAUGCUCAAUGGAUUUUCCACCUGGGGACAUGUUUUCCCAGUGUUAAA